AUGUUCUCUGGGCCCAUCUCGGAAGGGACCAACAUGACACUGCAGUGCACCAAGUCCGCAGGACACUGGAGGGUGGUGGUGUGGGAUGAAGAGGGCUUCCAGGGCCGGCGGCAUGAGUUUGCAGCUGAGUGCCCCAGCGUGCUGGAGCUGGGCUUCGAGACCGUGAGAUCUUUGAAAGUGCUGAGCGGAGCGUGGGUGGGCUUCGAGCACGCUGGCUUCCAAGGGCAGCAGUAUGUGCUGGAGCGUGGUGACUACCCGUGCUGGGGCGCUUGGAGCGGGAACACAUCCUAUCCCGCUGAUCGCCUCACCUCUUUCCGGCCCGUGGCCUGUGCGAACCACCGUGACUCCCGACUGACCAUCUUUGAGCAGGAGAACUUUCUGGGCAGGAAAGGAGAGCUGAGUGAUGACUACCCCUCCCUGCAGGCCAUGGGCUGGGACAGCAAUGAAGUGGGCUCCUUCCAUGUCCACUCUGGGGCCUGGGUGUGUUCCCAGUUUCCUGGGUACCGAGGUUUCCAGUAUGUGUUGGAGAGUGAUCACCACUCAGGUGACUACAAGCACUUCCGGGAGUGGGGUUCUCACGCCCAGACCUUCCAGGUGCAGAGUGUGCGCAGAAUCCAGCAGUGAGCCAGC